AGCGCGAGCCGGCCGGACCGCGGCGCCGCCCGAGCCAAUCGCCGUCGCCGGCCUCUCCAUGGGCGAGCAGGAGGAGGGGGCGGUGGGCGCAGCCGGCCGGGCCGCGGCCGCUCCGAGGUGAACGGCGCCGAGACGGGCUCGCGGCGCGGGGAGGCCGGGCGCGCCGCCGCUAUGAAUUCCGCCGAGCAGACCGUUACGUGGCUCAUUACCUUGGGGGUGCUGGAGUCGCCCAAGAAAACCAUCUCGGACCCGGAGGGCUUCCUGCAGGCGUCUCUGAAGGAUGGGGUGGUCCUCUGCAGGCUGCUGGAGCGCCUGCUGCCCGGGACCAUCGAGAAAGUCUACCCGGAGCCCCGGAGCGAGGGCGAGUGCCUGAGCAACAUCCGCGAGUUCCUGCGAGGCUGCGGGGCGUCCCUGCGCCUGGAGACAUUUGAUGCAAACGAUUUGUAUCAGGGGCAGAAUUUCAACAAGGUCCUCAGCUCCUUAGUGACUCUAAAUAAAGUAACGGCAGACAUCGGCCUGGGAAGUGACUCCGUGUGUGCCCGGCCCUCCUCUCACCGGAUCAAGUCUUUCGACUCCCUGGGACCCCAGCCUUCGCACGGUCGGACUUCAAAACUGUUCCAGGGCCAGUAUCGGAGUUUGGACAUGACGGAUAACAGCAACAAUCAGCUGGUCGUAAGAGCCAAGUUUAACUUCCAGCAGACGAAUGAAGACGAGCUGUCCUUUGCGAAAGGCGACGUCAUCCACGUCACGCGGGUGGAGGAAGGGGGCUGGUGGGAGGGCACGCAUAGCGGCCGGACCGGCUGGUUCCCCAGCAACUACGUGCGUGAGAUCAAGCCCAGCGAAAAGCCCGUGUCACCCAAGUCUGGAGCCUUGAAGAGCCCUCCCAAAGGAUUUGAUACGACUGCCAUUAACAAAAGCUAUUAUAACGUGGUGCUACAGAAUAUUUUGGAAACAGAAAAUGAAUAUUCUAAAGAACUUCAGACUGUGCUUUCAACCUAUCUACGGCCACUGCAGACCACUGAGAAGUUAAGUUCAGCAAACACUUCAUAUUUAAUGGGAAAUCUAGAAGAAAUAUGUUCUUUCCAGCAAAUGCUUGUACAGUCUUUAGAAGAAUGUACCAAGAUGCCGGAAGCUCAGCAGAGAGUCGGAGGCUGCUUUCUAAACCUGAUGCCGCAGAUGAAGACCUUGUACCUUGCGUAUUGUGCCAACCACCCGUCUGCAGUGAGCGUCCUCACGGAGCACAGUGAAGAGCUGGGCGAGUUCAUGGAGAUGAAAGGCGCCAGCAGCCCAGGCAUCCUCGUGCUGACCACCGGCCUCAGCAAGCCGUUCAUGCGCCUGGACAAGUACCCUGCGCUGCUCAAGGAGCUGGAGAGACACAUGGAGGAUUAUCAUCCAGAUAGACAAGAUAUUCAAAAAUCCAUGACUGCCUUCAAAAACCUUUCAGCGCAGUGCCAGGAAGUACGGAAAAGGAAGGAGCUGGAGCUGCAGAUCCUGACGGAAGCCAUCCGGAGCUGGGAGGGGGACGACAUCAAGACCCUGGGCAGCGUCAUUUACAUGUCCCAGGUCCUGAUUCAGUGCGCUGGGAGCGAGGAAAAGAAUGAACGCUAUCUUCUGCUGUUCCCAAAUAUUUUGCUAAUGUUGUCCGCCAGUCCUAGGAUGAGUGGUUUUAUAUACCAGGGAAAGCUACCAACGACAGGAAUGACAAUCACAAAGCUUGAGGACAGUGAAAAUCAUAGAAAUGCAUUUGAAAUAUCAGGGAGCAUGAUUGAGCGGAUCUUAGUGUCCUGCAGCAACCAGCAGGACCUCCACGAGUGGGUGGACCAUCUGCAGAAGCAGACGAAGGUCACCUCUGCGGGAAACCCCACCAUUAAGCCUCACUCUGUGCCGUCUCACACCCUCCCCUCCCACUCGGUCACCCCGUCCAGCAAGCAUGCGGACAGCAAGCCCGUGCCGCUGACGCCCGCCUACCACACGCUGCCUCACCCCUCGCACCACGGCACUCCACACACCACCAUCAACUGGGGGCCCCUGGAGCCUCCGAAGACCCCCAAGCCCUGGAGCCUGAGCUGCCUGCGACCCGCGCCCCCUCUCCGGCCCUCAGCUGCUCUCUGCUACAAGGAGGAUCUCAGCAAGAGUCCCAAGACCAUGAAAAAGCUGCUCCCCAAGCGCAAGCCUGAGCGGAAGCCUUCGGAUGAGGAGUUUGCGCUGAGGAAAAGCACGGCUGCGCUGGAGGAGGAUGCCCAGAUUCUGAAGGUCAUCGAGGCUUACUGCACCAGCGCCAAGACGCGGCAGACGCUCAACUCAAGUUCACGCAAAGAAUCUGCGCCCCAAGUUUUGCUUCCAGAAGAAGAGAAAAUUAUAGUUGAAGAAACUAAAAGUAACGGUCAGACAGUGAUAGAAGAAAAGAGUCUCGUCGACACCGUGUAUGCACUAAAGGAUGAAGUCCAGGAGUUACGACAGGAUAACAAGAAGAUGAAGAAAUCUCUGGAGGAGGAGCAGAGAGCCCGCAAAGACCUGGAAAAGCUGGUGAGGAAGGUUCUAAAGAACAUGAACGAUCCCGCUUGGGAUGAGACCAACCUCUAAGGAACGUCCUGGGUUCUUUCUCGAAGACCGGUUACGAGACCAAGCUGGAGCCCCGUGACCCACCACCGAGUGACUCUCAGGACCGCAGAGCAGGGCUGCACGGGAGUCCUCUUGCCUUCUGUGUGUAGAAAAGCUGCAGCUGAUCACGGCCGUGGCAUUCCUGAAGAGCCAGCGUGAGGUGUAGACGCCGAGGCCGGACUGCGCUGCCUUCCUCUCAACAUCUCAGUACCUCAUUUUGCAAUAAGUGCAGUGACUGCGUCUGGCCUUUCAGGCUUUGAUUGAAUAUAUAUAAAUGUUAUAUAUACGUUGCCUGUAAAUGCUCCAUUUUGAAUGCGUAUCCGUGGUUGUUGUGUCUGGGCUGAUGCCUGUGCUGCGGUCUCCCUCCACUAACCUCUCCGGUCCCGUGCGCUGGGAUGCGUGCUCACGCCCUCGUGGGAAGCAGAGUCUGGAGAGCGCACAGGUGUUUCUGGGAGAUGCCUGCUCUGUUCUCCGCCACCGCAGUGCUCCGAAAACACCUCCCACUGCAGUCUGCCUAAACAGCUCACCUUGUUCGCACCUGCGGAGACACCUUCAUCCCGCCGGAGGGUCUCCUGGGAAAGCAGUAUCGCAGUCACUGGCGUGCGGCACUCUGGCUGAACUUGGGGGUCUGGGCCUCAGCCCCGAACCCGAGGAAUCGCAUCUGCUGCCACCGUGUCCAGCGACAGGUGUGCACGCAUCCGCUUCUUGUGAACACCUGAGCGUCGGAGGAUAUCCGGCCCGCUGAGGGCACUGACGUGUAGGCUGGUUUAAUAACUUGGCCAGGUGCACUGUUUUGUCCUCCCCCGAGAGAGCAAGCUCACUAGAACCUGUAAAUAAAGUGUGUUAUUUAUUACACGUCGCCGCAGCCCGUGAGGGUGAGCUGUCCUGCAGGUGGGAUUUCUGUGUGAGGCUGGUCUAACCCCGAGACCUGCUCUCCCGUUGGGUGCAGCAGGCAGGCCUUCCGUGCUCGCUGGAAAGGCAGUGUUUCCACUGUUUCAGCAAAAAUGAAGCAAUAUACACCUGAGAUUCUCCUAAGGAGUGGGAGCUGAAACGUGCCCCUCCCCCCGUCCCACCUCCACCCCGGUGUCCAGACAGCAGGGGGCAGAGGGGGAAGCCUGUCCUCUCCGCAGCCCUGGGCGGGAAGCCCGGCCUCGGGUCCAGCUGCUCCCUGUGCUCUGCCCGCUGCUCUUAUGAAGAGGCCGUUUUUAAAGUGAGAUAAUCUUUUACAGAGAACAAGUGUCGUGUCUUUAAAAACCAGAAUCCCAGCACCUUGCGUCAGAGACAUCUCAGAAACGCCCACGUGGCACCAGAGGUGGCUCUGCGAGCUGUGCCCUUUCACUGCAUCGGACCGUCCGAUGUCCCCGAGCUGGGCGGCUCGGUCCUCGUGGCCCCCAUGGUCCUCGGCCCACGGCCUCACUCUCAGGCUCCCCAGCUCGGCCGUUACCUGCUCAGCGGGUGUGCCUGGGGCCCGACGUUGACCUGCCCACACUCGACCUUGUUACGAGAAUUGCCAACUUGCUGUACUUAGCGUUGUGUUCACUAGUGCUAGGGCCAGAAGAGAUUGUCUCUAGGGUUUUUUGGUAAGCCCUGUUUGUACAGUAGUAUCUUUCGAUGAUGCGUAAGACGUUGCCGUGGGAAGCAGUCCAGUUCGAGUGUACUGAAGCUUGCUGUCUCGAGCAAAUUCUAACUCAGGAACCAUCCAUCACCUGAUCUCUCCAGCACUUCGUGGCGGCACUGUUGCCACCAGCAUCCUGGGACGGGGCUCUUGCAGACCUGCCUUAUCUAUUGAUUUGAGCACCCCUUCUCCUGAAGGGGUGACCGUUGACAUGCUUGUGUAAUGCAUUACCUUUUCUUCCCAUAGAUCCAAGGUUUGACUAAGCUUUUGAGGGAGCAGAGAGGAUGCGUCUGAGCAGCUCUUUCUGAAAACCUGUCCUGUCGUAAAUGGGCUGCACCCGUUUCUCCUUGUGACCUUCUGAGGGGCUGGGGGGUGGAUGGGGACAUCAGGAAGGGGCCACCUGCCUGCCGGAGUCACCUCUGCUCCCACCUUUUGUGGAUGAGGAGACAAAGCCAUUGCCUCGCCUGGGACGGGAAGCACUUGGAGGCGUGUGCGGCCCUGGGACGCGCUCUGCGGUGGGACGUUGCGGCCCGCGUGCGCCUCCGCUGUGGACUCCCGAUCCCCCCCGACCCCGCCCCGACACGCGGAGUCCCCGUUCACAACUGUGGGGACACUUCACGAAAUGCCACAGGCGGUGUCCUGGCCUUGACUACUCAUGCUACGUUGUUGUAAUUAUUAAACUAUUUUUCUUAUGUUACAGACA